AUGUCCUCCUCCGCAGCUCCCAACCCGGGUGCGGCCGCCCUCGUCGCCGCCAUCCCCGCCGACACGAAGCCCUCGCCCGCUGUGGCCCCCGCGACGACGACGGAAGCGCCCCGGACCGCCGCCAAGUCCGAGGCCAUGGCCCAGGUGCGGUCGUUCGUGGCCGGUGGUUUCGGUGGUGUCUGCGCCGUCGUCGUCGGUCACCCUUUCGAUCUCGUCAAGGUGCGCCUUCAGACGGCCGAGAGGGGCGUGUACUCGUCUGCCAUUGAUGUCGUGAGGAAGAGUGUUGCGAGGGAAGGUCUGAGGAGGGGAUUGUAUGCUGGUGUCAGUGCGCCCUUGGUCGGUGUCACUCCCAUGUUCGCCGUCUCCUUCUGGGGUUACGACCUCGGCAAGACCCUCGUCCGCAACUUCACCCCCACAACCUCCCCCAACACGCCCCUCACCAUCGGCCAAAUCUCCGCCGCCGGCUUCUUCUCCGCUAUCCCCAUGACCCUCAUCACCGCCCCCUUCGAGCGCGUCAAAGUCAUCCUCCAAGUCCAAGGCGAGAAGACCCUCGCCCCCGGCGAAAAGCCCAAGUACUCCGGUGCCCUCGACGUCGUCCGCCAGCUCUACCGCGAGGGCGGUCUCCGCUCCGUCUUCCGCGGCUCCGCUGCUACCCUCGCCCGUGAUGGUCCCGGUUCCGCUGCUUACUUCGCUGCUUACGAGUACAUCAAGCGUCGUCUGACUCCUAAGGAUCCCGUCACCGGAAAGCCCCAGGGCGAGCUUUCGCUCCUCGCUAUUACCUGCGCUGGUGCCGCUGCUGGUGUAGCCAUGUGGGUUCCUGUCUUCCCUAUCGAUACCGUCAAGUCCCGCCUUCAAACUGCCGAGGGUAACGUCACUCUUGGCGGCGUUAUUCGCGAGGUGUACGCCAAGGGUGGUCUCAAGGCUUUCUUCCCUGGUUUCGGUCCCGCGCUUGCUAGGGCUGUUCCUGCGAAUGCGGCGACUUUCUUGGGUGUCGAGUUGGCUCACCAGGCUAUGAACAAGAUGUUCAAUUAA